AUGUUAUGGACCCUGUUCAUGAAAAUCCUCCUCAUCAGCUCCCUCGUCGCCUGGUGGCUUAAGCGACCAAACAGCCGCUUCCAGAAAUUCGUCCUCCUCGCCGCUACCCUCGCAACCUUCUGGGUUGUCGCUCCUCUCUACGCCUCGCUCUGCCUCGCCUGGUCUGUUCACUACACCCGAGAGGGUAUUCGCUAUUGGAGUCUGGAUGAGCUGCUCGUGCGGCACGCCAGCAUGCUGGUGACGCUCGCCGCAGUCGUUUGGCUGCUUCAUCGCGCCUGGCAGACCCUCUGGAAGCCGACGACCGACCUCAUUAGUAUCCUUGGCGUGGACGUUCCCGAGGCCCCAGAUGUAUCCCUGGCCGGCAUUCGACCCGACGCCGCGACUCUGAACUGGACGCGCCCUUCGCACAACCGACCCGUGCAGAAGUUCCUGAUCCAGGUAAAUGGCGUCAAUGUUGGCGAGUCGAGGCAGGAAGAGACGGCAAUCACCGUUACAGGUCUGAGGCCCAACCACUGCUACAACAUCCGUGUCAUCGCUGUCGGACCGAACAAUUUUCAAGCCGGUAGCCAGGUCAUACGGCUGCGUACCUAUCGAUCCGACGGACGGCCGGAGCUGGGCAACUCCAGGCUCCCCGACAGUUUCCAAGAUCAAGAUCCGAAGUCGGGACAGUUUCCGUGUGUCGAGGACAAUGGCAGCCGCAGUCAGGUCCCGACCAUAGAGGCGGCUCCAUCCCUUGAGGGCGGGUCCGCUGCUGCGCGGGACGGGCCCUCUGGUCAGAGACGCAACACUGUCAAUCGCAGGCAUUCUCCGUCCAUAGCGAGCCAAGAGCAGCCGUCCAUCAAGGAUUUUGGGGGCGACCAGCCUGAGGCUUCGCUAAAGGACCUGGCUGAUGCAUUAGAGAGGACGAGGAAGGAGAUCGACGAGACAGCAUCCCUACACGCCUCCGAAGAAAGCGAAUUCAAACAGCUCGAAGAACGGCUCAAGAAAGAGAAGGAGGAGAAGAAAAAGAUGCAAAAGGAGAAGGACGACAACACAGCGCAGCUGCGCCAAAAAGUUAAGGCUACCUAUGAGCAGAUGCGCCAAGCCACAAAGGAUAAGGCGAGGAAGGAGAAUCUGCUCAAGGAAAAGCAAGACAAGCGCAAGAAGAUCAGUGAUAAUGUGGACAAGUGGACUGCCGAAAUCGAGAAUAUGCGCAAGACGCGUAAGGGCUUUGCCUCUGAGAAGGAAAGCUUGGAACAGGAUCGCGACCUCAAGAUUAAGCACUUGGACGAAGACAACUCUGCGUUGCAGGAAGAGUAUUCGCAACUCGAGGUCGAAUACAAAGAAAAGAAGGAACAGCUCAAGGAGCUUGAAGAUGCUAGGAGAAAGCUCCCGGGCGGGGAGGAAGACGACACUUGGCGAGAGGACGACCGGAAGAUGAAGAGGGACUUCGAAAUGAAGCGAAGGGAACUCCAGAGCCAACUCAUCAUGGAGAAUCGAAAAGCCCAGCAACUCGAAGGCCAUAUCCACGUUUUACAUGCUCAGGUAUACGCCCAGAACCAACAGAGUCUCCAGCUUUAUAACCAAGCAAACUCCUCCGGCGUCGACUUCGAACAGAACGCUUCCAUGCAGGUCAAACGCAGGAGCCGUACCGGAAAUUCGCUCAACGCCGCCAUCUCAUCUCCAACAGGACCUUUCCCCGCUUCCGAUUCCCCCUUCGAGCCUUCAAUUAGUUUUGGUAACCGCUCUGGGUUCUCGCAUUUCCUGGACAUCUCUGGAGGCGACAGUUUCGGCGCCGAUCAGUUUUCGGAUGCAGAGUUUAGAGCUCUCACCGGCAAUGCCCCACUCAGUCCGACAGCAGCAGCUUUGUUACCGUCCGGUAUCUUGGGCGAUGACGACUCUGCAAGCCCCGAUUCAUUCUCUCGAAGAAGUCCCUUCAUACCGGAUGAUGAAUAUGACGCCCAGUCGCCACAAUCAUCCAAACAGUCAAACAGUGCUCACUCAAGUCCUCUCGGUUCUUCGCACAAGACCGCAUUUCCACAAUUAGCGCCGGACGAUGCCGACCACGCAUCGCUCAAUGACGUUACCUCUUCUCCCGGCGGACAGCCAUCACCAGCAGCACAUCGAUUCACGAGCUUGCUCUCGUCAUUCCAGAGAGGCAAGGGCGCUAAAGCUGUCGAUGACGGCGGGCCAAUGUUGGGCAGUCUGAAGCACGGCCAGAGCCAGUCCUUCCCUCGACAGACCGACGAUCCCGACGGAACGAUUCGACGUAGAACUAGCUUCUCCUCCUUAGGGCCAGACAGGAACUCAGCAGGACCCGAGAUGCUCGAGAGCAGUGCGUCACACCUUGGACGAAGCAUGUUCUCCUCGGCCCGUCGUUUGAUGCUAUGGAAUGGUUCUUUCGCAGACAGAGAUCCUAGUAGCCCCAGGCCGGCUUCCAUGGCUUCGGCAGACUUGCCCCGUCCUUCAACUGACAGCGGCUCUAUCUGGAACCACCCUGGUGAUAGGAAUCGCAUGUGGUCUCCUGACGGUCCGUGGCCUUCGCGGACUCCAUCGAGACGGCCCUCUAUUCAUGGCUCUCCAGCGGCUUUAAAGACAACGCUAGCCUCGGCCGAGGACGAAAUCCUGGAUCACGAAGCGUUGAACGAUCCGCAGGUCUCGCCUAGCCAGGUCGGAGUCAUUGGCAGCAGACCGCCGGCUAGUAAGCAGAAUUCCGACUCGAAAUCAUUGUUGAGCCAACGUCUCAAUCCCGCGGCACCGACCUUUUCCAUCGGUGGGAUCGGUGGGUUAUUCCGCAGUAAAGACAAGGAAAACGACUCGGGUAAAGAGAAGGAUAAAUCAAAGUCAAAGGACAAAGCCAAGGACAAAGCCAAAGACAAGGAGGCAAAGGAGAAAGGCAAGACCAGGGAGUCCGCUACGCCAAGCCUGGACCUGCCGCAAGGCUAUGAUGCGUCUCCGACAGACUCGAGGAAGUCCCGCGACGCUUUCUCUGUCCAUACCCAGGCAUCUGUCACCGAGUCCCGAGAGUCCUUGACGCUUGAUAGGGCCGUGUCAAGCACGCUGUCUGACUCCAACACUAAAGACCAAGAAAACGCCUACCGCAAGCUCUUCAGGAAAGGAAGCUCCAGCAAAUUCAGUCUGUCAUCUCGGCUAAGCAAAGACUCUGGUCUAUUUAAGAAAGGGCCAGGAAGCACCACCAACUCGGACAAGAACUUGUCAGCCGACCGAUCCAGCUUCGGCGACAUAGACGAUUACGGCGAGGAAGGUCUGCUGGGUCGAAGCUAUGAGAGCGUCACGAGCAGCCCGUCUCUCGGGCCGUCCAAGUCCAAGGAGACUAAGGAAAGCAGAAUGACUAAUUGGAGUAACAAGUUUUCCAUGAAAAAGAAGGGCAAGGACAACAAGGAGAGCAUGGAGCUGCACCGGGCUACCCCGGAGGUUGAUGGUGAGGAGGAUAAGAAAGACGUCUAG